UAUCGUCACUCGUUUAAUAGUGAAUAACGUCGAAAUUUUAGUAAGUGAAAUAAAAAUGUCGAAAAUGCAAGAUUCGAAUUAUAUGAAAAAAAAGAUAUCGCUAAAAGAGGCAUUGGAUUAUUUGGACGAAAUAACGUCCGAUGAUGACGAACCUAAAGUCAUAUAUAUAGAACCUCCAGAGACAGAAGAUGGUACUGUAAGUGGUGAGGAUGAUGGUCCAGAUGAAGAAGAAGCUACGCCGGAUAAUCUUUGCGCUGGACAGUUAAAAGCCGGUUGUGAGAUAGUAUUAGUGUCUGGCAAACGAAUUGAUUCAAUUGAUCAAAUUACGUUGAAAUCAGAUUCAGAAGAGUCGGAGUGUGAGUUUGAGGAAUUUGAUCAAGAUGAAAUUUUGAACGACGUUUUGGAAACUUCUAGUGCUAACAUUGUAACAGAUAUCUUGGACAUUUCCGACAGUGAUCCAUCAACUUCCGCACAAUCUUCUAAUAAUACUGUUACUUGUUUACGAAAAGUUACUUCAUUCAAGUUGACAAUCCCAAUUCCACCCUCUGAUAAAAAUACUAAAUUUGUUUGGUGUGAAGACAAUUGUUCUGCAAUGAUUCCGAUUUUUCCGCUUGCAAAUUACGAAGACUGCGGUGGAAUAAAGGCACACGAGCAGUUUGAGAAAUUUGUUGAUAACGAUUUGCUUCAACAUAUUUGUAAUGAAUCUGGAAAUAUGCUGUUUUUUAAGCAAACCCAACCCUAAUAUU